UAAAUUAUCAUGAAAUUUUAAUUUGAAAGUGAACUAAUCCUUUAAGUGUCCCAAAAUAGCUCUGCACUAAUUUCAUGAGAUUGACUUCUGACGGGCGCCACCUACAUGUUUACUUCAGCUCAGAGCCCAAAGGGUUAACGUGCUUCUCCUUGAGAGUGAGCAGAUUCAUUACACACGCGCAUUCUCCAGGGUAGCAGUGUGUGUAUUUGGAUCUAUCAGCAGAGGCGGCAGCUAGUGCAGUUUUCACGUGCACUCAUCAGUGUACCACAGGAAGGAAUGAUUUCUGUACUUCAUUCAUUCAGAAGCUCACGGCAACAAUCAGAGCAGGAUGCAUUUCACAUAAAUGAAGCCAUUACUGAUCCAGCUGCCAGCCAGCGAAUAUGAUAUGAUGGCGAUGUCCUCUGGGGGACAGACCGUGGUCCAUUAGUGCGGCUGGAUGCCUCGUUAGUGCUCCAGAUGUCCAAAAAGACCUCUCUCCGAAAGGACGCGCCUCGGUCGUGCCCGCGCGGACAGAAAAAGUGAAGAUCGAGAUCACUCAAGAUGAAUGUUUUACUCGUUUCUGACCGUAAAAACCAGGCACUUUGACCCUGGUCGCUGAGACCGGAGCGUUUAAAUCAUUGUAAAACGAUAUUCCGGUUUAUUUUUAACGGUUACUCUCCAUCAGCGGUGUGUUUGUUGUUGAUGUGUCUCGCGCAUCUCUUUGCAACGCCCAUGAUCUUCUCUACCUGAGGGGGGAAAACAAACGGAGUAAAACUUCUGAACAUCAGCCUGUAGGCGUCUGUCACCACGUGGACUCAGAUGUGACCGGUGGAGGGUUUUAGUCAAGACAGACACGAUGAGCGAUGCCAUGGAUGACUCCGGUAUUAUCCGCCGGCGGAGGAUGCAGAAGGAUCUUCCCCUGCCCAGGAAGAGCAGUGGUUGUCGCACCAGUAACCGGAAGAGUCUGAUCCUGACCAGUACGUCGCCCACUCUUCCUCGGCCUCACUCUCCUCUUCCGGGACACAUAGGAAGCAGUCCGCUGGACAGUCCUAGGACGUUCUCCCCCAGCGCACCGGCCCAUUUCUCUUUUGCAUCCUCCAGAAGGGCUGAUGGCAGACGCUGGUCUCUGGCCUCUCUUCCCUCCUCUGGAUAUGGGACCAACACACCCAGCUCGACGUCUUCCAGCUCGUCUCAGGAGCGGCUCCAUCAGUUGCCGUUCCAGCCCACACUGGACGAGCUGCACUUCCUGUCCAAACACUUUGGCAGCACUGAGAGCAUCACUGAUGAUGACGGACGCAGAUCGCCACAUGUGCGGCCACGCUCACGGAGUCUUAGUCCAGGGCGAUCACCUUCCUGCUACGACAAUGAGAUUGUUAUGAUGAACCAUGUUUAUAAGGAGCGGUUCCCUAAGGCCACAGCCCAGAUGGAGGAGCGUUUGGCUGAUUUCAUCGAGUCGUACUCACCUGAGAACGUGUUGCCGCUGGCCGACGGGGUCCUCAGCUUCAUCCACCACCAGAUCGCAGAGCUGUCCCGAAACUGCCUGACCAAAUCUCGUGAAGGUCUCAUCACCACCGUCUACUUCUAUGAGCUGCAGGAAAACCUUGAGAAACUACUGCAUGAAGCCUAUGAGCGAUCAGAGAGCUCGGAGCUGACCUUCAUCACAGAGCUGGUGAAGAAACUCUUCAUCAUCAUCUCCCGCCCUGCCCGACUGCUUGAAUGUCUGGAGUUUAACCCUGAAGAGUUCUACCACCUGCUUGAGGCAGCAGAAGAUCACGCUAAAGAGGGCCAGCUAAUGAAAGCGGACAUCCCACGAUACAUCAUCAGCCAGCUCGGUCUGACCAGAGACCCUCUGGAAGAAAUGGUGAAUUUGGAGAGUUACGACAGUGAGGGCCCACACACGCCGGAGACGGACGACUCGGCUGAAGGGAAGCUCAAAGCCAUCAAACCGCCCUGUGAAUCAGACUUCCAGACUAUCAAACUCAUCAGCAACGGAGCGUACGGAGCUGUGUAUUUGGUCAGACACAGAGAGACGCGGCAGCGCUUUGCCAUGAAGAAGAUCAACAAACAAAACCUGCUCCUGCGGAACCAGAUCCAGCAGGCGUUCGUGGAGCGGGACAUCCUGACCUUUGCUGAGAACCCCUUUGUGGUCAGCAUGUUCUGCUCUUUUGAGACACGCCGUCACCUGUGUAUGGUAAUGGAGUAUGUAGAGGGCGGCGACUGUGCAACCCUUCUGAAGAAUAUCGGAGCACUUCCUGUGGAGAUGGCUCGGAUGUACUUUGCUGAGACUGUUUUGGCGCUGGAGUACAUUCAUAAUUAUGGCAUCGUACACCGAGACCUGAAACCAGACAAUCUCUUGAUCACGUCGAUGGGUCACAUUAAGCUGACUGAUUUUGGCCUGUCAAAGAUGGGGCUCAUGAAUCUCACCACUAACCUGUACGAGGGACACGUCGAGAAGGACGCCAGGGAGUUCCUGGACAAACAGGUGUGCGGCACACCGGAGUAUAUCGCCCCAGAGGUCAUUCUCAGACAGGGCUAUGGGAAACCAGUGGACUGGUGGGCCAUGGGUAUCAUCCUCUACGAAUUUCUAGUUGGCUGUGUGCCGUUCUUCGGAGACACGCCUGAAGAGCUCUUUGGUCAGGUGAUCACAGAUGAUAUUGAGUGGCCUGAGGGAGAUGAGGCGUUGCCUAGUGAAGCUCAGAGCCUGAUUUCUGCCUUGCUGCAAACCAACCCACUGGUGCGACUGGGCACAGGUGGUGCUGUUGAACUGAAGCAGCACUCGUUUUUCUCGGGAUUGGACUGGAACGGUUUACUCCGACAGAAGGCCGAGUUCAUCCCUCAUCUAGAGUCUGAGGAGGACACCAGCUAUUUUGACACACGGUCCGAGCGCUAUCGGCACAUCAACUCCUACGACGAGGACGACACCAACGACGAUGAGCCGGUGGAGAUAAGACAGUUCUCUUCCUGCUCGCCGCGCUUCAGCAAGGUAUACAGCAGCAUGGAGCACCUGUCCCAGCUGGAGCAGAAGUCCCCUGUAGUCACCCGUCGAGAGCACAAAGGUCGCCGCGAUGACAAGAUGGCCAAGCGGGAGAGUCUGGGAAGCUUUAGCAUGAGGGACAAGAGCUGGAGGACGAGCUCACCUGAGAUGAAACGUCUGUCGUGCUCUGAGUCUCUGUAUAUGGAAGGAGACUUCAGUCCUCCGAUGGGUGCCCGGCGCCGCUUUUCAGCCCUAAUGGACACACACCGGUUUGCCGCUCCUCAAGAAGGCGAUGGAGAGCUCUUCGCAAGACAGGGGGCCGGUAAAGCCCCUGGAUCAUCAGUAGAGGGAGCCACUGCUCCAUCAUCACCCAGUGCUAACGAACAGAGGAGUGCUGGGAAGGAAGUGAUGUCAACCAGUGCCGGUAAAGGGGCAGACAAGCCAUCAAGGCCAGGUGAGGUAUCCGCACCACAGGCCAUACCUUCUACAGGGGCCAUAGCAGCAGUCGCUAGGGACGCGGUCGCCAUCAGUGAUCCCAUCGGUCAGCGGGCAACCAAAGAUCUGGUACUUCGGCGAGCCCGCCAUCAGCAGCUGUCUAGCGAUGGGGAGAAACGCACCUCACGUCCCAGCAACAAGGUCAUCAAAUCUGCAUCUGCCACCGCGCUGUCUGUCAUCAUACCUGGAGUUGAGCAGCACGGUAGCUCUCCACUGGCCAGUCCUAUGUCUCCACGGUCUCUCUCGUCCAACCCCUCAUCGCGAGACUCCUCUCCCAGCCGUGAUUACAGCCCUACAGUCAUGGUGCUCCGCUCACCAAUCACCAUCCACCGCUCUGGCAAAAAGUAUGGGUUCACACUCCGUGCCAUUCGGGUCUACAUUGGAGACACUGACGUCUACAGUGUGCACCAUAUAGUCUGGCAUGUGGAGGACGGAGGCCCUGCCCAGGAGGCAGGACUAUGUGCUGGUGACCUCAUCACUCAUGUCAAUGGUGAAUCUGUGCAUGGAUUAGUCCAUACCGAGGUGGUAGAGCUUAUACUUAAGAGUGGAAACAAGGUGACCUUGACCACCACGCCCUUUGAGAACACAUCCAUUAAAGUGGGACCAGCACGCAAGUCUAGUUACAAGUCCAAGAUGGCUAGACGCAGUAAGAGGACGGUGAAAGAUGGACAAGAGAGUAAAAGGCGUGGAUCUUUGUUCCGCAAAAUAACUAAGCAGUCCAACCUGCUGCAUACAAGCCGUAGUUUGUCUUCUCUGAACCGGUCCCUGUCAUCCAGCGAUAGUCUUCCUGGCUCUCCAACACACAGUCUGUCCGGUCACUCCCCCACCCAGAGCUACCGCUCAACCCCUGAGUCAUCCCACCUUGGUGCCUCCUCCCAGGGCAGCUCUCCUGCAACCAGUACCCCAAAUUCCCCCGCAACAACCCAGCAUAUGAGGCCCAGCUCCCUGCACGGACUUUCCCCCAAACUACACCGCCAAUAUCGUUCAGCUCGCUGCAAGUCUGCUGGCAACAUUCCUUUGUCUCCGCUGGCUCAUACACCAUCCCCAACUCAAUCCUCGCCACCUCCUUUGCCUGGCCACACAGUGGGAAGUUCCAACACCACCCAAACCUUUCCUGCCAAACUACACUCGUCCCCACCGAUCAUAAGGCCUAGACCCAAGAGCGCAGAGCCACCCAGAUCGCCGCUACUCAAAAGAGUGCAGUCAGCAGAGAAACUUGGGUCACCGCUUUCAUCUUCAUCUGAAAAGAAAGGUGGGAUUGGGGUGAUGAGGAAGCACAGUUUGGAGGUUGGACAUUCGGAUUAUAGAAAGGAUGGUUUCCACUGUGAGCUUGGCCUGCAGAGUUUGGUGGAAAUUGAGGGUGAGAAUCUGGCAUCUGCCCCAACAACUUCUCCUUCACCCACACAACCGACCCCGUCACCACCUGAAACAGGCGUUCUGAAGCCGGUUAGGAAACUGGGCAGGCAGGAGUCACCUUUGAGUAGAGAUGCUUUGCUUGCUGGGAGAGAAAGGGAUAGAGACAGGGAGAGGAUUGGUGAACCAAGUCAAGCUAGUGAAGCUAAACCAGGGGUGGUCAAAGAGACACUCCCUCCUGGUGGCAUUACUCCACCAGGUAGUAAAAAAUCUCCAAGUGUUGAAGCAUCUCAGCGGCCCCCUUUUACUCUACAGGAAAGUUGCCUAGCCAAACCCCAAACUUGGCAGCCUCCAUUGACCAAAUCUUCUCCAGUAGCAUCAGAGUCAAAGUAUAGUGUAGUUACCUCCAUUCCAUCGCCUCUGACCACAGCGUCUUCCCCGUCUGCCAAAACAACAGAUCCAAGUUUUAUCCGGGAAGCAGGAAUUGAUGACAAAGGAAGUCUUACAAAGAUUCCCCAAAGCCAGGCACAAGGAACUACUAAGCCUUCAUGCUCAGUGAGUACAUCAGGUGUUAUCAGCAAAAACAUGUUGGAACAAGAAGGGGGAAAGGAUUCUGGGAAGAAAGAAGUGAAACCAGAAGUGGGGAAGACUUCAACUUUAGUCAAGCCAAGUAUACCAUGUAGUGCUCCUGGGAAGACCACAAGCACAGAGGUAACCAAAGCAAGUAAGGGAUCAGGUGACGGAGAGGGUCUCAAAAAGGGCGUAUUAGAUCCCCAUACCAGAACUUCAGAUGUCAGGGUGAGAACUGCCAUAGCUCCAUCCAAAGGGGUUGUCCCAUCUCACCCUCCCCAAACGCAGUGCACUGUUUUGGGAAAACUUCGGCAGGACAAGGGCCUAGCUCCGGUCAGCUGCUACCGUGGAACAUUUGAUUGGGAGGACAAAUGUCUCUUGGAGGUUGUUGAGGAACACUCUCCAUCUCCUACUCCUUCUCCAACUGGAGUGCCUCCUGAUCUUCCCAGAUCUCAACCUCAAUCUCCUGGUGAAAGACCUGGUAUGGUUACACAGUUGACAAGCACAGGGAAAUCUAUAGGGCUUGGUAAAGGUGGAACUCAGGAGGGGCCCAAGGCCAAAGAUACCAGCAAAUUGUUGGAGGUCACCCAGGCUUCUGCACCAGGAAGACUUGAGCCUGCUUCUGGGAGUAAGCCAAGCUCCAAAGGAUCCAGUCAGAGUCCUACUAGCACUUCUCCCCAGGUGAAGACUGUCGUUACUCCUAAGAAUGGCUCUUGAGCUAGUUGGAAAGAUAAAUGCCUUUAAUGGGGGUUUAGCAGAAUUUGAUGUUUCUGAGCACUUAGACAGUGGACAUUCCAGCCAGUGAAAACAAGUGACUAAAUCAUAUUACGCUGAACAAACGACAAGAACUCCAAGGUUAUUUUAAAGGCUGUUAUUUAUUGUACAUGCAGAGCUGUGUCAGAAAAUGGUUAUAUAUGUAUUAUACAAGAAUGUUUGUUGGGUGUUUGUGAGAAGGUGAAUGGGUGCAUGUUUUGUGGUGCUUAUGCAACAAGGUAAAAUAAUGACAAGCGCAAAGUGCUUUAACAGAUCAAACAAUGCUGAAUACUGUGAACACCAAAACAUUGUUCCUACAUUUUCUAAGGUGACCAACCACAUAGUUUCCUUAAAACACAAAAACUGAAAAGAGUUGUUCAAGUUAAUGACAAGUAUUUGGCAUAGACAGAACUUCAUCAAGGACACUUCCGUAGCUGUUUUUUGGCUUGUACCUUAUUCGGGAGUGUCUAAUCAGGUUUAGCAUAUCCAUUAGCAGCUAACGCAUACUACUGAAGCCAUGUAGGGGAUGUUGGCUAAACUGUAGAUUCAUUCCCUUAUAUAAUUCACUCUAAAGGCCUGUUCGCAAUAAGAAUGGUAACUAUAAAGAUAAUGAUAAAGAUUCUAAAAAUGAUACUAAAUACAAAAGAAUAGCAGAGUUUACGCCACAUCUAUAACAAUAACGGCACAGAGAAAUUAUAUCGUUGGAAUCACUUUCAAAAUUAGUUUUUCCAGCAGAUGAACAAUAAAAACAUUGACAGCCAAUCAGAAUCCAAUUACAACUUUAAAGAGCUCGAGCUUUUAAAGCGGCAGGCAACGCGCUUAGAAUAAACAACAAUAUCGUCUGCUGGUGUGGACGCUAAUAUAGUUAUCGUUAUAGUUAUUGUUCUUGUUGUGAACGGGCCUUUGACCAGUUCUCUCAUUAUACAGAUUCUCUCAUUAAUUACAAAUGCUAAAUGUUAAAAUUGUUGACAUUUUGUUGAUUUGCUAUUUUAAUUUCCAAACAAGGUUUGCAUAAGCAUUCAGUCUUCAAUUUAAUGUUUGCUUAACCAUCUUUUUCUGCAAUGAUAGCUUGAUGCCUUCAGAGGUACAUAUCAAAGGCCCUUUAAGGCAAGUUGGUGCAUUCAGCAGCCAUGCAAGUACAGCUUUUAUCUAGUUGAAUAUCAUAAAUGUCACUUCUUUAGCUAAAUUUAUCCAUUUUUGUCAAAUCAAACAAAAACAUAUUCUAUCUGGCCCAGCUAAAAAGAAAAGGUUGCAAUGUGACAGUAGUUAAAAUAGUUUAUCUGAUCAUAUAGAAGACAGUUCAUGUUAAUGGCCACUAUAGCGCAUCCUGCAGCAACAAAGAGUGCAAUGGAUAUUUGUGCAGCAUUAUGAAUUGUAAUCACAUUUAAUUAAGAACACAAUGCACAAAUAAAGCUUGCAGGAUGUUCUUAAUGUUCAGCAGGAUCUCUCUUGCAAUGCACUAUCAAGCAUCUCUAUGUUUGCAUACUUUCCUAGAGUAUGUUUCAAGCCUCACAGUUUCUCUGUAAAUAUCCAGCAGCUGUUAAAAGACAGAUUUGACUCUUUCUCGCAUGUAGGUCAGUGUUAUGCACAGCUCUUGACUCUAUUCUGUGCUACUGAAUUCUCCUUGUUGACCUCACUCCGACUCUAGCGCUCAAGUGUCAUAUGCACUACCUGAAUAAUAAUUCUUGAGCUGUAGGGUUCCUUAUCUGUUUAAAGCAAGAGGACAUGGUUUGGCCGGUUAGCAUGGAGCAGUUAGCUUCUACUGAUACAUGUCAUAACUACACCAUCUGGCUGCAAAGAGAGCAGCUUUCUCCCUUGACAGCAAUUCAAAAAUAGCUGUGUAUUGAAAUUCAUGCUAAUACGUUUUGUAAAUCAGUAAAAUGAGAGAAUUUGGUUAAGUGCCUGAACAUCUGUGCAAGGCACUGGAUAUGUUUAAAGUGCAGUGACUAUUCAAAACAAGACCAUAAAUUAAGAACCUUAAGUUUUGAAGUGAUAAUGCAUACCACAAUUUUAGAUGACAUCCUUCAUGAGUCAUAACAGGUCCUGAUUCCAGACAUUGUUGGAUCAGCACAUUUAUUAUGGUUGUAAGGAUUGUAUGGUAAAUAUAUUCUAUAGUUAGUCAAGCAUCAGUAAAUGUCACUGUUGUCAUGGCAACCUGGUGUAGCCUGCCAUCUGUUGGCGUUUCUUUGUGAUCUGAAUGUUGUUCACUACCAUGCAAAGAAAAUAUCAGUGAACAUUUGUAAGUAAUUUUUUUUUUUCACUUCAGCAUAUGCAAAACAUAAAUGUAGGGAUGUGACUGAUGUUUGUUUUUGUUUUUUUGCUGCAUUUGUUUUUUUCCAAUUUGUAAAGCCUCUGAAAUAUCACUUGAACGUAAAGAUGAAUGGUUUUACUACAGUAACCAUAGUGUAUCUAUGGUAUUAGUAGUAAAACAUGGUAAAGAAAUGGUAUAAAAUAAUAACUAAAUGGUAUAAACUGCAUUUGUCUCAGUAUUAUCAAGUAAAUCUAAUUUGUAAACAAAUUUAGAAGACAAAAAUGUUUGUGUACUCAAAGGAAUCAACUGCUUUUAAGCAUUUUAAGUCAUUUAUCAGAUUGACACUUUAGUCAAAUUAUAAAACAUAAGACAUUAUUGCACUGCAAAAAAAUGUUUUUCUUAGAAUUUUUGUCUUGUUUCUAGUCUAAAUAUCUAAAACUUAUUAAAUCAAGAAGCAAUUUCUAAACUAGUAAAAAUUAUUGUCUUGUUUUCAGAAAGUCAAAAUUAAGUGAGUUUUUGCUUUAAACAAGUAAAAUAAUCUGCAAAUGUGGUAAGCAAAAAAUCUUAUUUCAAAUCAAAAACAAGAUUAUUUUGCUUUUAUUAAGCAAAAACUUUUAUUUAAUUUUGACUUUUUUUCUGAAAACAAGGCAAUUUUUACUUAUCUAGAAAAUUAGAUAUUUAAGACAAGACAAAACAUCUAAGAAGGUCAUUUUUUGUUACAGUGUGUUUUUGGUUCAUGCUUUUAAAAUCAUUCAUUUAUUAAUGCUGUGUAUAAAUGAGCAUUAUAACUAAAUAUAACAAAUGUAUCAUGAUGAGGACGAUUUUAGGUGUGGCAGGAAUAGACCUUAUUCAGAGAAGCGCCAUGUUAGGUGUGAAAACGAGGCUGUGAGGGACAGAUUUACCGCGUUUUCAAUGGCGCCAACUGUAAAAAGCAGUAUUAAGCUCCUAAAUCACUUACGAUUUUCCACAGCUCGUGUUGUCUGGAGUUUUUGUCAACUGAAAUUUCUUGGAAAGAUAUGUUUGCAGUGUUUCGUCAGCAGAACAAUCCAAAAACACAUUAAAUAACAGUACAACCCUCUGAGGAGAUGUAGGCCUCUGUCUCCCUCACAGCCUCGCGUUCAUUUCCGUUAAAAUCAAAGAUGGCGCUGCUGUGUGAAGAAGGUCUACAAAUGGGGUCAUACUGACAUCUGAUGGCUAACAGUGAUACUGUCGCUAUUUUACACCUUACAUUAACAUGGUGGUAUUAGUCAGUAGGAGUUGCUAUCAGUGACGAGACCAAGAGUGCUUUAUUUACUUGUAUUUCAUACCGUAGCAUGAUAAUGCCUUUGGAUAGACAGUCAGACAUCUAUUAAUCCUUCCGUAAAUGUAUUCUGAUGCUGUUUAUCUCUCAAGCAGCACUUUCAUCUCAGAUAGCCUAUCUUUUGCUGUUUCAUAUCUGGUUUUGGUGUUAGUAAAGAUUUCUUUAUAUCUAUUAAAAGCAUAUGUUUAUUUAUUGUAUUAUACAGAAACUCAACACAGAGAGUUAUUUGGAUAUAUCAGUGAAAUGGUAAGUGAUAAUGACAUAUGCACAAAAUAAUGUAAAGAUUUAUGAAAAUAAUGUAAAGUUUGUAACAAUCCCCCCACCCACCCACC